AUGGAAUCAUCUUGAAAAUAUGUCUAUAGAAGAUUGUCGAUGGAAAUGCAAAGACUGGUGUCAGUAACCGAAAAGAUCCAGGAAUGUUUUGUGGUGAAACCGAACAACCACAAACUUUUAUAUCAGAGACAAGUUUUGUUAAAGUCGUUUUUCACACGGACAACUUUACUGAUCAAACAUAUUUCAGUUUCGAUUCUAGAGCAGAACAACAAUUUGAAGUAUAUUUACGUUAUGGUCAACAUCCUGAACUUUACCCAAACAGACGAGGAGAAGUUGAAUCUGGUUCAUAUUGCGAACGUAAAUUUCGAGAUUGUCGUUUACAAACAUGUUAUGUUCAAUCACCUGCAUAUCCUGGAGUUUAUCCGAGAUCGUUGCAUUGUAGGUAUCAUUUAAAUACAAGAUUACCUUUUAUCAAAUUAUAUAUCGAAAAUGAAGAAUUUAAUAUUGAUGGACAAAGAUGUGAAAACAUUAUGACAUGCCCAAUGAGACCAAUUUCAUCAGGUUCCGAACAUUGUCCAUAUGAUUAUAUUCGCAUAUAUGAUGGGAAAGAUGAAACAAGUACAGUUAUUGGUACAUUUUGUGGAAUGGGAAAAUUCCCUUAUUCAAUAAUAGGAACUUCUCAAGAUUUGUUCGUUGAAUUCAUAACUUCACCAGCAGGUCCACUACUUAAUACUGGAUUUCAUUUCAAUGUUGGAAACUGGCCUGGGCAUGUUGAUACAGCGGGAAGUCGAAAUGGGACAUGUGAUUGGUUACUGACAUCCAGAUCUUUGAAACAAUCUGGUGAUUCGGAAGGAAUAUUUCUAUCAGUAGCUCAUUGGUAUCCCCCACAUACAUCUUGCACCUACCUAAUGCAAGGAGAAUCUGAUGAGAUUGUUCGCUUAUAUUUUCCUAGUUUUCGAAUAAACCGUAUCGAAUCACCUAUAUCUCCAAUGGAAGGCGAUUGCGGAGAAUCACUAACAUUAUACGAUGCUUCAUGGCCAGAUGAUUCACGCAUCAUUAAAACAUUUUGUGAUACAUUUUCGAAAGCUAUGGAAAAACACGAUUUUGUCUCAUCUGGUAAUGCACUCUUUGUACGGUUUGAAAGUAAAACUGGGAGCUAUAGUGGAUCUUCCUUGUAUUAUUGGGCACAUUACGAUUUCUUCAACAACACAGCAAUGGGUGAACGAGUUCCACAUACUGCUUGUGAUGAAUCCUUCACAUCUUGGAAAUCACGACGUGGAUCUUUAAGAUCGCCACUGAAUACAUUAAUUUACAAACAUGCAGCUGCAAGUGAAGAUGUAGCUUGUCUGUAUCGUUUCAUCACCGAUAAACGUUUAUUUGCGCGUGUCAUUCUAACAAUAACUGGAAUAUAUUUUAAAGAACAUCCAUAUAAUACUGGACCGUGUGGACAUUGUUAUGAAGAUCGUGUAGAUAAACUCUUAGUUUGGGAACCAAUUCCUCCAGGUGGUAACGCUUCAAGUCCACUUAUACCCAUUCAUAAUGCCUUACAAUCAGGGAUAGCUCAAUGCUUUUGUAAAGAUGAAAACAUAUUUCCAAAAACUAUCAUAUCCAGUGGUGAACAAAUAAACUUACAAUUAAUCGUGGAUAAUGCUCAUGCGGCAACAAGUUAUUUUAAGCAUCCUAAUGCAUUAUUUAAAGCAAAAUAUGAAUUUGUACAUGGUCCAUUAUGUGGCCCCCCACUCAUAAAACCUGCAACUGAAGGAGAAAUUCAUUUCCCAUAUUACGAAGCACUUGGAUAUGUAGAACCGCCGAAAGAUAUUCAUUGCAUAUGGGAUUUAGAAGUAACAAAGGGUAGAGAUUUAUGGUUACAUUUUGAUCGCAUUAAAUUUGCUUCAAAACAUUGCGAGGAAGGAAAAGUCGUCAUAUAUUUAGCAGGCAGAACUGACCCACAUUUAAUUGUAUGUGGUGAAAAUGUUAGUGUAUCUCAACAUUUACCAAUUUUCCCAGCUUCAGAACUUAUUAAUGUAGAAAGUUUGGAAGCUGAACAAACAAUUCAAGUGCAUUUUAUUGCUUUAUCAUCUGCAACGCGUAAUGCAUUCAAAAUUGCCUACACAGAAUUGUAUCAUUUACCAAGAAAUGAGGAUGGUAGUUUAAUGCAAUCACGACUAACAGAAGGUGGAGAGAUACCAUCAGACAGUCCUAUGGAAGGAUGUGAAUUCCCAUGUCCUGGUGAAGGUGGUCUUUGUAUACCAUCAAGAUUAGUUUGUAAUGGAAUUAUAAACUGUCCGAAUGCAAAUUCGAGUGUUGAAAUGAAUGAUGAAUCUCCAGCUUUAUGUUUGAAAACAGAAACUGAAUAUAUAAAUUGGUGGGCGAUUGGUUUAGGUGGAGCCAGUGCAAUUGUUGUUGCAAUUAUGGUUAUUGUUUUAUUAUGCCGUUGUUGUUGCCGCAAAAGACACGAGAGUCAUAUUGAUGUACCAUACUGACAUCACCGUAGCCAGUUAACAGCUCAUCAUCCGAGUAAUUAUGCUGUUGACUGGUAGUAUUACUUUUUUAAUUAAAAUAGACCCAUUAAGUUUAUGGGUGUUUCAAAAAAGUAGACAUCAAAGUUGGAAUUUUAA